AUGAAUGAAAUAAAAAUAAAAAGUUCGAUAAGGUUGCAAAACAAUGAGCUACAUGAUAUUGUAGCUGUUGUAAAUUUAAGUGAUGAUGAAGUUUUGAAAAAUAAAAAUUUCCGUUUAAAAGUAAAAGGGAAAGCAAAAAAAAGAAUUAAUAAUAAAAAUUUUAAAGAAUGUUAUGAAGAAAAAGACAAAUUAAAUAAUUCACUUGAUCACGAUAUAAAUAUUAGUGAUGAAUUUAAAACAUUUAUUUCAAAAUAUUUAAAAAAUUCUAAAGGUGUCAAAUUUUAUGGAAAAAUAAAAAAAGUCAAUGAUCGAAAAAAAAGUGUUUUAAAACACUCUCAAAGUAGUGCAAUAAAGGAUAGUGCUUUCGAUUUACAAAAAGAAAAAAGUAAUAAUAAAAUUUUAAGGAAAAUAAAUAAUAUAUAUUUAAAUGGAGGAAACCAAAUUUGUCUAUCCCCCUUUCUUAGAAUAAUCAAAAGAGCUAUUCAAAAGAAAAAAAAAAAUAUUAAAAAAGUUGUAAAAAAUAAGUUAGUAGCUAAUUUCAGGGUAGUGGCUAAAGAAAAGAAUGACAAAAAAAAAGAAAGCAGUGAUAUUUAUAAUUUGAAGGAAAGAAAAUACGUGAAUAAUAAAAAAGAAGGAAACAAGUCAGGUAAAACAAAUAGGUGCCCAGUAAGCAUACGUCUAAAUUAUGAAAAAAAUAAAUUAUAUUUUAAUUGUUUAUUUAAAAAUAUAAAAAAUAAGGAUAAUAAAGUUUUAAAUGACAUAAAAACAAUGAAUGAGCAAAGAAGAGAAACUAAAUCAGUAUGUGAAAUUGAAGAAUUUGUUAAAAAUAAUAAAUAUAUUAUGAAAGAAAAUAUUAAAAAAAUAUAUAAUAAGAAAAAAGAUUCGGAUCUCUACAGUUGCAAUACUAGUGUUCGUUCUCGAAAAGAUAGUAAUGGUCAAAGUAAAAGAAAUUCAGGUCAUAGAUAUGAAGAAACCUUUAUGAGUUUAAGUGAUGGUAGUGAAAGUAUUAGCAGGUAUGAAGAUGAAAAUCUUGAUAAGGAUAUAAGUUUAGUGCAUCCAUUUCAAGGUAUUGAAAAAAAUAAAAAAAAAAGUAUAAAACAUAUUAAAAUGGUGGAUGACCAAAAAGAACUUGAAGUAAAAAAGGGUCUACAAUUGGAUAGUACCAAUUUGGAAAGAGAAAAAAUGUCUUUAUUUUCAAAAUGCCCAUCUUUUAUAAAUAAAAAACAAAUUAGUACAAGCAGUAUUUUAUGUUAUAAAAUGACUGAACAUAUAGAUAUUAAUAAUGUAAAAAAGGAUAAUAUAGAAUUUGUAAAAUAUAAUACAAAGCGUGAAAGUGUAAUAUCUAUCCAUAAUGUGAUUUCUCGAAAUGGCAGUAUAAGUGAAAUUGAUGAAGAUUCUAAAUAUUAUUCAAAUUAUAAUAUUGAAAAAAAAAAAAAAUUAUCUUUUAUAAAUAAAUUAGAUGAUGGUAGUAUCUUUAAAAUGAAUCCAAACAAAGUUGAAAAAAAAACAAAAAGUUUAUCAAUAGUAAACACAUUAAAUGGAAAUAAAAUAGGAAAACAAAUUUUUAUUAAUGAACAAAAUAAAAUAAAUAAACUUUUUUUUAAUUUUGAUAAAAAAUUGUUAUCACUAAACAUGUCUAAUAUAGUAGGCAAAACAAAAGACAUGAAUUUUCUUAAUCCGAAACUUUCAAAUAAUUAUGUAGGAAGUAGAAAUAGAAGUGGACCCAUAAUAUGCAAAAGAACUAAUAACAUAAAAAAUAAAUGUAGUGAUAUUAAAUCUGGAAAAAAUAAAAUUAAUGAAACUAAGAAGGUAGAAAUUGUUGAUAAUGUUGGUCAAAUUAAAAGUGGAAAUGAAAAUAUAGCCACAAAUAAUCUCGAUUUAAAAAAUGUAAAAAUAAAUGAUAAACCUGAUGAAAAAAAAACGGAGGACUCGUUGGGAGGUAAGAGUGGGAAGGAUGAAGUAAAAGAAAGUGUUGAACCUAACACUAGCGAGAAAAAUGAUAAUAUUAAGACUUCUGAAAAUAAUGAGAAGUUGGCAAAAUUGGGACCUGGAAUUUUCAAACCGACCUCUAAAGGUGUUGUAGCUAAAACUUUGGUGAAAAAAUACGCAUCUAAAAUUUGUGUAAAGCAAAAUACCAGUGAGUUGAAAAAAAAAGAAAAAGAAGAAAAGGAGGAAAAAGAAGAAAAGGAAGGAAAGGAAGGAAAAGAGGAAAAGGAGGAGAAAGAGGAAGUUGCGGUAUCAAAAAGCAGCAUAAACAAAAUUUUAGUGAAAAAGAUGAUGCCAAAAAUGGCAAAAAUGCCAAAGCUUAACAAAUCGAUGGUAAAAAAAAGUGUGACUUUAAAGGUGGAAAAAAAAGAAGCAUGUGACACUGAAAAGAUUGAUAAAGAUUCGAAAAAAAUAGAAGAGAAUGUUUCAGAACCUAAUUCCCAAAAAGGGGUUACUCAAAAUACUGAGUCUGAAGAAAAGGAAAAACCAGAGGUAGAUGAAACACUGUUGAGCAAAACAAAAUUAGAAGAAAAGAAAUGUGGUGGUGAAGAAAAAAUGGAAAUUCAUAAAGAAAUGGGUCUAAAGAAAAAUAUAAAAAAUAUACCAUCUUUGAAGGAUUUAAAAAAAGAAAAAGAUAAAAACAGUUUAAAUAAGACUGAUAAUAAUAAUACAAAUGAAAGAAAAUUUAUAGAAAAUGUGGUAAAAAAAAAUAUUGAGAAAAUGUUAGAGAAAGAGGAAGGUGAAAAAGAUGAAGAAACAGGAAAAACAUGGGCUACACCUGAUUUGUCAUUAUUUAAUACAUCUGAAACAAUUUCUAAAAUAAUGAACCUAAACUUAUUUUCUCCAACUCAAGAUGGCAAUAAAUCUGAGAUCAUAGAAAAUAAUCAAAAUCAACCUUUAAGUCAAGAAAAUGUAAAUGAUACUGCUGAGAGUUCAUUUAUAUCAAAGCCCAAUGAAAAAAUGACAAUCGUAAGUGAUGAGAAAGAAAAAGAAAAAGAAAAAGAAACUGAAGAGCCAGACAUUAAUAAAUCUGCUGAUUUACCUUCUAAGGUAGCACCAAAAGUUGGAAUUUCAAAAAAAUUUGCACCGAAAUUUCCACUAAAAUUUGGUAAAAAUGGCGUCUUUAAAGGAAAAGCAGAGGCAGUAGAAAAGGUUGAAAAAAAGGUGAAGGAAGCAGAAAAGGUUGAAGAGAAAGUUGAAGAAAAAGUUGAAGAGAAAGUUGAAGAAAAAGUUGAAGAAAAAGUUGAAGAAAAGGUUGACGAAAAAAAAGCAGAGGCAGUUGAAAAGACUGAGGUCGGAACUGAAAAUAACAAGCAAGACAAUUUUGCAACAAAAAAAUCGAACAUACUGAAACAUCCUUUAAAAGCUAAAAUGUGUUUCCCUAAAAACAAUGUUGAAAAAGUUCUUAUAAAAAAAAAUAAUUUCAUUAAAAAAUUGAAUAAUUUAAAAAACAUGUCAACAUUAAAAGCAUUACCGGUUAAAAACGAAAACAAAGAAAACCAAAAUAAUUUUGAUGUAAAAAAUAUGAAUGAAAAUAUAAAGAUUGAUGAAAAUAAAAAUAGUGAUACUCAAUUAAGUCCGGAUUCUAUUAAAACUGAUAAUACAUCUGUUGUAGAAUCAUCUGGAAACUUAAACACACCAACUCCCCUUACUAAAGAUUCAACAGAGACCGCUGAUUCACUAAAUAAACAUGACGAGCAAAUAAAAAACAAUUCAAGCAAUGAAGAGAAAAAAAUAAAUGAAAAUAUAAACCAUGUACCAUCAAAACCAAUUAUUAAAAUUGUUCCAAAAUUUUCUAAAAAUGUAGUAAGUGGUCCUCCUAAAGCAAACUUAAUUAAAACUCCUGGUUUUUUAAACAAAAUUGCAAAGACAAAGCCACCAAUGUUAAGCAAAUUUAAAUCGAAAGCUGCUUAA